CGACUUUACCUGGAAUUAAACUACGUAAGACCAGUUUGGAUAAUAUUCGUUAUAUUCAUAACAGCAAACCUUUAUUGUUAGAUGGUUGUAGGUUUGAAAUUUUAGAUAUAUAGUGCCAUAGUGUGUCAAAUGUUUAUUCAGCAACAGCCCUUCCAUUAUAAGUAUGCUUUUGCUCAUAGGUUGUUUUUCUUAGUACAGAAAAAUGCAUAGGAAUGAUUGUGCAGUAAUCCCACAUACACUACAGAUGCAGUGGAUAAAAAUCUUAAAAACAGUGAUGUAUUUAUUCAUUUACUGUUCAUCCAGUUUAAACAGCAACAGUCUCUUUAUCACUGCUGAAUGUAAAGUAUACAACUCACUUCCUCCCACUGUGUCAAUUUCUACCUUUAUUUGCCUUCAAUAAAUAGCAUCAUAAUUUACAGUGCGUUUAUUGGGUCCUAGAUAAGAAUUAAGGCACUACAUAAGUGUAUUUUUUAUAACUGUAUGCGCAACAUAAACUGAUCCAAAAUCAUGUUUAUGACCCAGUCAGCUAAUAAACCAGAUGGGGCAGUGUGUGUUUAGCCUAUUAUCUUUUCUCUCACUUUUUCAGUUCUUCUUAUUAUAAUGUAUAUACUUUUAUAUUAGUACACCGACUCAAGGUUCCCAGAGCCUUGAGGCUAUUUUCCUUCUGUCAGAAUUGUUAACAAAUAUGCAAUCAUAUUGAGGGAGCGUGUCUCAAGAUUCCUUAUAAUUCAUGAAAAGGUUGUCUCAUGCCAUUACCAUACUGGAUUUGAUCAUUUUUCCCAUCCUUCCACAAAUCACUUGAAAGUACCCGCCUCAGCAGCCCGGCAGAGCGUCUCACGUGGCAUGAAAUUGUUUAUUGCUGUCAGCGUUCAGGUACCCACUAGAUGUCCUUGUCCCUCAGCAAAGCUCACCUUUGAGGCCCUGCUUUGAGGCCCUAGCUCUGAUUGGAUGGAGGAGAUCCUGCCUCCAGAAAUCACUGCUAAUCCUCUUAGGGCCAACAACACUCUAACUUGCCCAAUCCUCUUCCUCGCCCUUCACAUCCCCCCCUCCCUUCUGUUUUCCACUUCCCCUCCUCCUAGCCUGUGAACUCGCCGUGUGAUGAGAGUGUAAUCCAAGUGGAUUACGAGCAGAGCGGCGGAUUGAGUCCGUUGAUGCUGGGACUCCCUGUCUAAAUGCUUCAAUGGCUUUUUUGCAAUAUUGUACGCAUUAAUUAUCAAAUUCUCCCAUCUUUGUGGAUAUCCAUGAGGAUACAAUUAUCUGAAUGGCAAAGUAUUUCAUUUCAUUUGAGAGAAGAGGGAUUUGUUUUCAGUGGUAUAUCAGCAUUUUUUGCUUCUUUUGACUCUCUCUUUUUCUUUUUUUUCCUUUUUUUUUUAAACAAAAUGAAGAAUGCUCAACAGGAUUUUAUCAAGCAGAAGAUUUGGAGCCAAGAAGCACCUGUUCAUGACCAGUGGACAUUUGUUCUUAAGCAAGAAGCAUAGUGUGUGUGAUCUGGAGCUCUGACGGGGCCAUAAAUGAAAAUUUUGUUAAAGUCAGCAUGAAUAAAUGUGAACUUUGGGAUGAGACUCAGACUAAGGUUAUGGUAAACUUGAAGUAAAGUGAAGCUGUAAGUUCCAGUGGACGGACGCUUCCUGUCAGUGAUGCAGUGGGCACAGACGUGCUUUACUGGGAUUAUGGGCAACAGAACACAGCCUUCAUGGGUCACAAUCUUCCUGCUUUACUCAGGCUGCUUGUACCUCCUGACUGAUGCACAGAUGAGGAUUCCACCUGAAACGGUUCAAAAAUGGGCCAAUAGCCUUUCAGAACAGCUGAAUGCAGUUGCUGUGAAGUAUUCGGGAUCUGCACUUCUACAGAAGAAACUCAAAGAUGUGGAGCCUGUUAUCCGGAUAGAGGAAGUAGAUGGAACUGCAUUGGUCCAGGAGUUUUCAGAAGAAAUUGAGAAGAUGCUGGGAAGCAAGAUGAAGUCUGUUAAGCGACUGGCAGAUACAGUGGAGGACGCAGAUCUAUAUCACGAGUUUAAUGCAAGUUUAGAGUUUGACUAUUUCAACUCCCUGCUGAUAAACACGAUGGAUGAUGAUGGCAACUACAUUGAACUUGGUGGCGAGUUUCCACUGGAAGAGAACGAGCAUUUUAACAGACUGUCAGUUAACACACUAAUGAGUGACAUCCAAGUCCCAACCAAUGUGUACAACAAAGAUCCAGACAUUCUUAAUGGAGUGUACAUGUCUGAGGCUUUGAACGACGUCUUCAUCAGUAACUUCCAGAAGGAUCCGACUCUCACGUGGCAGUUCUUUGGAAGCUCCACUGGUUUCUUCAGACUCUAUCCAGGCAUCAAGUGGACUCCAGACCCGAAUGGAGUGGUUGCAUUUGACUGUCGAAAUAGAAACUGGUACAUUCAGGCUGCUACGUCCCCGAAAGACAUCAUCAUAGUGGUGGAUAUCAGCGGCAGCAUGAAGGGCUUGAAGCUCACUAUUGCCAAACACACCAUAAACACCAUCCUGGACACUCUGGGGGAAAACGACUUCGUCAACAUUAUCGCAUACACUGAUUACGUUCAGUAUGUGGAGCCCUGUUUCCAAGGCACGCUCGUGCAGGCGGAUCUGGACAACCGGGAGCAUUUUAAGCUGCUUGUGGAAGACCUGCAAGUAAAGGGCGAGGGGAAAGUUAAGAAGGCCAUGAAGGAGUCUUUCUGGGUGUUGAAUGAGGCCACAGCGAAUGGGCAGGGCAGCUUGUGCAAUCAGGCCAUCAUGCUCAUCACAGAUGGAGCCAUGGAAGAUUUCCAGUCUGUGUUCGAGGAGUUCAACUGGCCUGAGAGGAAGGUGCGGGUCUUCACCUACCUCAUCGGCCGUGAUAUGACCUUCGCAGAAAAUGUGAAGUGGAUCGCCUGUAACAAUAAGGGUUACUAUACUCACAUUAACACACUGGCUGACGUGCAGGAGAACGUCAUGGAGUAUCUUCAUGUUCUGAGUCGCCCCAUGGUCAUCGAUCAUGAUCACGACAUCAUCUGGACCGAGGCCUACAUGGACAGUGUGCUCUUUAACAGCAUGGCUCAGAGUCUGCUCCUGAUGACCACUGUGGCAAUGCCUGUGUUCAGCAAGAAGAAAGAGACGCUGUCGCAUGGAAUUCUGCUGGGAGUGGUGGGCACAGACAUUCCCUUAGUGGAGGUCAUGAUGCUUGCCCCUCGAUACAAGCUGGGUGCUCAUGGCUAUGCUUUCCUCAUUACUAACAACGGCUACAUUCUGGCACACCCUGAUUUAAGGCCUCUAUAUAAAGAUGGAAAGAAACUGAAACCCAAGCCAAACUACAACAGUGUGGAUCUGACCGAGGCAGAAUGGGAAGACAGUGAUGACACGUUGAGAACAGCCAUGGUGAAAGGUGAGACUGGUACUUUAACGUUAGAUGUAAGAACUGCAGUGGACAGACGGAAAAGACCCUUGUUUCUCAAAAAUGAUUAUUUCUACACAACCAUCAAUGAUACACCAUUUAGUUUUGGGAUGGUGUUAACACGGGGCCAUGGGCAAUACAUGUUCCAUGGAAAUGUUUCUAUUGAAGAGGGCCUACAUGACCUUCAGCAGCCAGACCUUACCAUAGCCAGUGAUUGGACCUACUGUGAGACAGAUAUCGACCCCCAACAUCGUAAACUCACUCAGCUCCAGGCUGUUGUCCGAUACCUGACCGGGAAAGAGCCUGACCUUGAAUGUGAUGAGGUUCUUCUGCAACAAACCCUGUUCGAUGCAGUGGUUACAGCUCCACUUGAAGCCUAUUGGACUGCGCUGAUGCUGAGUGACGCUGGUGUGGAUGACGGAGUUGAGACAGCCUUCUUGGGGACACGCUCAGGCCUCAUGCGUGUCAACAGAUACACUGGCAAUGAGGAAAGGAAGGCGAAGAACUUCCUAACCCCAGUGGACAAGAAGAAUAUCUUUACUAUGGAUCAUCACCCUCUCUGGUAUCGCCUGGCAGCUGAGAACAAACCCGGACAGUUUUAUUACUACGUACCUGUUGAUGAUGUCAAUAAAGAAAAGAACAUGUUGGUAGCAGUGACUGCUGUAACUGUGACUGAACGGAAGAGAACAGCACUGGCUGGAGCAAUUGGAGUCCAAAUGUCAUUAGAUCUACUGGAAAGAAGGUUCUGGGCCACGGCUAAACAGGCAAAUGACACAGAUUGCAGUAAUGUGGAUGGGUUGUGUCCUCUCAGCUGUGAAAGCAUUGAUAUUAACUGUUACCUAGUGGACAACAAUGGGUUCAUAGUGAUCUCUAAGGAGAGAAGCGACGUUGGAAGAUUCUUUGGGGAAGUUGAUGGAUCAGUGAUGGCUCAGCUCCUCAAAUCAGGCUUGUUUAAAAGGGUGACUUUGUACGACUACCAGGCGAUGUGCAAGAACGCCCAUCAUCACGCCAGUGCAGCUCGACCCCUGCUCAGUCCUUUCUACAGCCUGACGGCAGCAGUCAAGUGGCUUUUCUCCAACCUCAUGCUAUUUUUUCUGGAGUUCAACAUCUGUGGGCUGUGGCAUAAUGACUAUCUGGUAGAUGCCAAGUCUGGAUACCACACUACACACAAACAGAAGAAGAUCGAAUCCAUGGUGCCCUGUAACACUGAAUACCCCGGAUUCAUGUACGACACCUCUAUCAGGGAGACCAACAGCAUCAUUAAGUGUGGUCGAUGUCAAAAGAUGUUUGUGCUCCAGCAGGUUUUGAACAGUAACCUGGUGAUGCUGGUGGUGCAGGCGGACUGUGACUGCUCACGCCAGUACUCCCCCAUCACCCUCACUCCAAGAGAAGUCAAAUAUAACGCAACAGUAAAAUGCAACAGGAUGAAAUCACAGAAGAUCCGCAGACGUCCCGAGUCCUGUCACGCAUACCAUCCUCAUGAAAAUGCAAAAGACUGUGGUGGAGCAUGUGAGAUUUCCAUAUCAGUGGCUCUCUUCUUAAUAUCCCUGGUCACAUCACUGACUCUACGCUGAUGAACAAAGACAAACAUCCCUCUGCUACUGGGAGUCUGCACGCUGCCUGCUGUUUUACAACCGUGAAGAACCUUUGGUUCUUCUGCACCACCGUGAAUUAUUUACAGUGGAUUUACAGAAUUGUGGCUUUAACCAAAAAGUUUUAAAUAAAGCUGUUUCUUCUGCAACAGUAGGAUGUUGAAAAGAUGUUGAAAGACAUGAACUAUUAAUAGUGUCUGAGAAAAGAAGAACUGAGCUUACUGAGAGGGGCAGACACUAAUUUUUAUUUUGAUGCAUUAUUUAAUUAUAAUUUUUAAUAAGAAUGAAAAUGGUUUGUAUAGUUUUUAUAGUGUUUAUGUAAAAAAUUGUGUGAAAUUUUAUUAACAGUAUGGCCCAGUUAAUGCUGUAUUAUUCCAACAUUCAUUAUUAUUAAUCAUUUUUUAAAUCUUAUUUCUCAUGUCACAGCUUCAAAACUAUGCAUUAAUCAUGCAGUGUGUGUGUGACGUAAUACUUUCACAUAGAUUUUAUUAAUAAAUAUCUUUAUUUUAAGCACAAUUUCAGUCACAUAACACAUUACGCAUAGCACCUUCCGCUUUAGUUUGGUAUACAUGAUAUUAUUCUAGCUUCUUUUGCUUAAAAUAUUUUUAAUAUCUGAGACAAUUUCUUCAGCAGGACAAGGUGCCAAAACAUGUCCAAAGGUCCUGAUUUGGUUCCCGAAACAAACGGAAAUGAGAUCUUCUCACUGAAAUGAGAUCUCCUCACUGAAUUCUCCUGAUUAGUCUGAAGCACAGGGAGAAGCAGAACAUCUUUUGGAAAAUUUUGCUUAAUAUUUUACUCCAAUAUGAUCAUUUUCAAGCAGCCAUAUUGAAAAACUGAGAAAUGAAAAAAGAGGAAAGAAGCAACACAGAUUUUUAUUAGUUUUACUAAUAAAUGAAUAAAUAAAAGUUAGUUUUUGCGAUUAAGUGUCAAUUCGUGGAAGCUGAGCUGAUUUGGUGAUGUAAAGAGUAAAGAGCAUCUUUGCAUCAUUUUCCGCAUCGCACCCGCAGUCAGGAAAAGGUCUUCGAUAAAUACAACACAAGUGACUUUCAAACAGCAACAACUACUAACUAAAGCACACAUUUCCUAUGUUUAUGAUUAGGGAUUUAAAAAAAGAUUAAUCCAGACACACAAAUGCUAGAAACACAAAUUUCAGGGAAGGGAGUGUGUGUUUAUUUCUGAUAAAAAAAAAAUCUGAUUAAAGCUGAUGGCAUUUCAUGCAUGUAAUAAAAAAACAAC